UUUCUAAAAGAAAAACUCUUUCUACGCGUGCCUUUUAAAAUAUGGAGCAGAGUCCUGCGUCAUCGACAUGUACUUGAGUUGAAACCAGACACAGUAAGUUAGUUCGAUUUGAUUAAUUUGUAAAGUCUAAGAGGGCAUGAGAUCGAGGGCGAAGAAAGGAGAAGCAACGGCAUAAUAAUUUAUUUUCUACUCAGUAAUCAGUAUUAUACAAUUUCUAUUCUAAUAAUCCCGUUCAUCUAACGGGUCUCAAAUUAGGGUUGACAUUCCCGAGGUUUCUCCUUUUCGUCAAUGGUAAGCUACCACAUUUCGCACUGAAGUUCUCGCUCAAACCGUAGCUUUCUUCAUCAACCUGUUUCAAUUGAGCUUAGCAUUUACCGGGACAGAUGAUAGAAUCUUGAAACUCUCGAGUGAGGCUAGCAGUGCCCUUAGUGAGCCCAUGAACCGGAAAAAAACAUGGUUUGUGAUACUCGGUCAAGGAGCAAAAUGGGGAGUGACGAUGACAAUGAUACUUCGAAGAAUAGAGUGGCUGAUGGAGAAGGAACAUCCCCAGGCACUAAAAAGACGGAUUGUUUAGGUUUAAGGAGGGUAGCUCAGGUAACCUCAUCAAAACAUACAAGCACAAGCCCAUCACCUACCAGGAAGUCUGAGCGGAUUCAGAAGAAGACUUCACCCAUAACUCCUACCAAAUCUGGCAAAGUUGAUAAAUUGGACACUCCUAGUCCUUUGAGGAGGUCUGAUAGAGGCAAAAGCAAUGUUUCUUUGUUGUCAAAGGUCCCAGAGAAUGAAUCUAAUUCAUCUCACAUUAAGAUACAUGACCACAAAGAGGAGACAAUGGAACAACUGAUGAUGGAAUCUGAAGAUGCUAACACUAGCAGUAAGGUCCAUUACAAGAGCUUGUCCUCUAUUGGAAAGAAAAGGAAGAGAGUAAAUAGCCAAAGAUAUACGUUUUUUCUCAAGAGGCGACGGAGAAAGGGUACACCAUCAGGAAUUAUUACCAAGUCAAAAAGACCCCUUAAGUUUCCUGUAGCUGAUAGCAGUGACUUCGGAAACGAGGAGUCCAAGCUUGCUGAGGAUAAAGAAAAUGCGGAAGUUGAGUGUCAUAUAAAGGUUGGAGAAAAAUUUUCAGUUCACCUUGCUGCAUGUGUUGCUGAAGGAAACUCCAAAGAUGUGCUUGAGACUUUCCCUGUUAUGGAAACUUUAAAGAUCCCAAAUUUAGUAUAUUCUGCUUCUGCAAAUAGCGAAAUUAAUUCAGAAAGUGUUGAUCAUGGAAUAAUAAGAACAUCAAAGACACAUUUGAGCACCGAGUUUGAAGUCGAAAUGGCAGAUGCAAACAUGCAUAAAUGCAUCCAUAGGCCUGCUUCAACACCAUUAACUGGGCAUGAGAACCAGUUGUUUGCUGGGUCUUGUGUUUCAUGUUCGAAACAGCUAUGGGCGGCUCAUGAUUCACCAAAAGUAGAGCUCUGCUCAUGUGUUGCAAUUUCCAAUAAUGAUGCCUCUAACUUAGCCAGUCCUAAGGAUGGACUUGGUGUUAAAGCUAUUUGUAUUUCUGGAUCUGCUGAGAAAGACCACAUCAGAAUUUAUGGACGGGCUUUUUCAGACUCUCAUGUGGAUAUGGAUGAAAAUGUGUGCCCUGCAUGCCUACAAGGUGGAAAAAGCCUUCUUUGCAAUGGAAAUGGUUGCAAGGGAUGCUACCAUCUUCCUUAUUCAGGUUCGCCUAUAAGUGAUAUUCCAUCUGGAGUCUGGCAUUGCCCCUGCUGUCUGAAGAAAAUGAUUGAAUUUGGUGUCCACUCAGUGACAAAAGGAGUGGAUUCAAUCUGUGAUGUUAGAGAAGUGGAUGCAUCAGGAACACAUAGGCAGAAGCAGUACCUUGUGAAGUACAUUGGUCUUGCUCAUGUUCACAACAAUUGGGUAUCAGAAGCGCGAUUGCUAUUUGAAGCACCAUUACUUGUUGCAAACUUUAGUGAUAAUAAUCAGGUUAUUAGAUGGAACUCUGAGUGGACAGUGCCACACCGUUUGCUGAAGAAAAGGUUAUUAUCUUUCUCUGAGCUUCAAGGUGAUUGUCAAAAUCUUGAUACUAGGGGUAAUUCAGAAUGCCAAUAUGAAUGGCUCAUAAAGUGGCGAGGUCUUGAUUAUGAGAAUGCGACAUGGGAGUUGGAGUAUGCUGAUUGUCUGUGCUCACCUCAUGGGAAAAGACUCAUUAGGGAGUACGAGAUGCGCCAGGAAAAAGCAAAACAAGUCACCGGAAAGAAUAGUAAGCAAUCUCUCGUGAAGUUUACAGAGUUUUCGGAUGGAAAUUCACUUAUAAGUGAUAUGAAUAUACUAAAUUCUGUGAACAAACUUCAUGAUCAUUGGUGUAAAUCACAGAAUGUUGCUUUUUAUGAUGAUCAGGAACAAAUAAUGAAGAUAGUUUUGUUUAUUUUAUCUAUGUCUACGGUCUGCUGCUGCCCUGUCCUUAUUGUCACAGCUUCCCAUGCUAUUUCUCAGUGGGAAACUGAACUCAAGAAGUGGGCCCCAUCUGUAGAUUGUGUAGUCUACCAAGGUAACCGAGACACCAGAAUGAUUAUUGAGGCAUUGGAGUUUUAUAGCGAAGGGGGAAGCAUGAUGCUUCAAGUUCUUUUGACCUCGCUUGAAACUGCUGUUGAGGAUAUACAAACAAUAAACAGAUUGAGUUGGGAGGUGGUUGUAAUUGAUCAGUGUCAACAGUCAAAUGUAUUUGCCCAUGUAGAGAAAAUUGAGACACUUGGUGGGCUAAAGGUUCUUCUCUUCAAUGGUCCAAUAAAGCAUACUGCAUCAGAGUACUUGAACAUACUGUCACUUGUUGAUUCUGAUGGUGAUCUGGAUAAAGUUGACCUCUUGGAAACCUGCUCAAAUGAUACUCUUGGGGAACUGAACGAAAAGGUGGUGUCUUCUGAGUUUGUUGAGUAUUGGCUUCCUGCUCAAAUUUCUGAAUUACAGCUUGAACUUUACUGUGAUACAUUACUCUCGAACAUUGAUGCUCUAUGUUCUUACCCAAAAAGUGAUCCAGUUGGAGCUCUUAACGAUAUGCUUCUUAAUGUUCGAAAGUGUUGUGAUCAUCCUUAUAUCAUUUUCGACCCAUCCAUGAGCCCCUUCAACAAAGAGCUUUCUCAGACUGAGAUCUUGAAUAUUGGAAUACAAGCAAGUGGGAAACUGCAACUUCUUGACAAGAUGCUAUAUGAGAUGAAAUGCCGGCAACUAAGAACCAUUGUCCUUUUUCAGUCUUAUGUUGGCACCACUCCAUCAAUUGGUAACAUAUUGGAGGAUUUUUUGCGUCAAAGGUUUGGAGAAAAUUCCUAUGAACUUGUCGAUGCAUAUCUCACGCGGUCCAAAAAGGAUUCUGCUCUUAAUAGGUUCAACUCAGUGGAAAAUGGGCGAUUCGUUCUACUAUUAGAAAACCGUGCUUGUAAACCAAGCUUUAAACCAUCUUCGGUGGAUAAUAUCAUCAUAUAUGGUAGUGAUACUAAUCCUUUGAAUGACAUGAAGCUUCUGGAAAGAAUAUCGCUUUAUUCCAAAGCAAAACAAAUCAAAGUUUUUCGGUUAUAUUCGUGUUUUACUGUGGAGGAGCAAGCGCUUUCCAUUACAAAGAAAGAACCGGAUCCCUUCUCGCAUAGUUUGAACCGGAAUGUGAAUGACACCCUCAGGUGGGGCGCAUCAGAUUUGUUCUGUAGAUUGGAUGAAAAUUAUGCUAAUGAGAGCGAUUUAUCAUCUGGGCAGUUGCUUCUUAGUGGUGUCGUAGAAGAAUUCUGCACUAUCAUUUCUGAAAGUUCUGAAAAAGUUGGCCUACACAAUUCUCUCAUUUCAAAAGUUUUACAUAGUUCUUCACACUUCAGUACAAAUUUUCCACUAUUUGGGGAGCAGAGAGUUCAGUGUACAGGUGAAGAACCUUGUGUUUUCUGGAAGAGCCUGUUGGGGGUAAGAAAUCCCCAGUGGAAACAUCUAAGAUGGCGAGGUCCAAGGAGUAGAAAGAGAGCCCAAUUUUUUGGCGCAUCAACACAAACACCGCAAAUGUCACAUAAUGAAGUAGUAAAAAAGUGUAGGAAAACAAACAGUGAGGGAAGUCAAGUUUCUACUUCAGAAGAAGGCCCCUCUAUAGUGAGUCCUUCUAAUGAGUCAUCACCAGCAUCUACUACUUAUGAAAACAGUCCACUUACUCCAAAGCAUUUUUCUAGUUCUUUAUGUGGCCUGUCACCUGACAAUCCUGCAGAAGUAAUAAUACUAUCUGAUACACAGAGUAGUCUUCAUAUCCUUCUAAAGGAAGAGAUGGCAAAGGUUUUUGAAGUGCUAAAACUUCCGGAGGAUGUCGAAAGAAUGGCUGCACAGUUUCUAGAAUAUGUAAUGGAAAAUCACCGCAUUAGUCGGGAACGAGUGAUGUCAGUGAAAAUAUUCCAGGCUUUCCAAAUAUCUAUGUGCUGGAUGGCAGCUUCUUUGUUAAAGCAAAAGGUGGACAAGGAUGAGAUGCUUGCGCUAACCAAAGAACAUCUGAAAUUUAAAUGUACUAAAGAUGAAGCACUUGCCGUUUACCUGAAGUUUCGUGCACUCAAGAAAUUAUUUUUGCAUAACAUGAAGAGAAAUGAGCAGACUUGGAUUUUAUUUAAGGAUUAUGAAACAAAUAAGAAAGGUGAAACUUGCAGAACUCUGGCUCAACCACUUCCGGAAGAACAUAUCACUGAUGAGGUCUUGUUAGCUGAACGUGAGAAGGACUUCUUGGUAAGCUCUGAUAAUCCAACAGAAGUACCUGAAGAUGCCAUUGAUGUAGAUGUGGGACUUGAACAUGAUGCAGAAGCAAAUACUACAAAUGUACACGGUUUGACGAAUAUUGAAGGUAACCAGAAAGAUGUUGCUAGUAACUAUGUUGAUGAAAACCAUGCAUCAGACAAAGUUAAUCCUCCAAAUAAUGGUGGUUUGCUACCUCCAAAUCAAUCUGAUAGGGCACUUCUAUCAGAGAACCGGAGUACAUUAGAUAGUGAAGCUGGAAUUACCGGGCCUACUAGUUUUACUCAACACGAAAUGCCUUCUUCUAAAGCCACAUUGGCAAAAAAUUGUGAACAUCCACCAGCUCCUAAUGAUAGUAGUCUCCCUUCACAUGAUGAAGCUGCAUAUUUGGCUUGCGAUCGAGAGGAUAAUGCUUUACAUCCCUCCAGGCCACCUUCUCCACUGUUGGUUGAGACUGGGACAGGAACACAACCUUCUAUAGAUUCUGAUUCUCGAGAUCCUCUUCAUAAUGAAUUUGAUAGGAUACGCCGAGAAAUGGAGAAUGCUGCCAAGAGUCAAGAAGAUUUGAGAUCACAGAUUAAAUCUGAUUGUGAUACGGAAAUUAAGGAAACCAUUACAGAAAUUCGUAACAAAUACAAUUCCAGACUUCAUGAGUCAGAGAUGAAAUAUUCACUCAUAAAGAAUGAACUUGGUGGGAAUCUAAAAAAAGUUCUUUUGAACAAGCUAUUGGCUGAUACUUUUCGAUCAAAAUGCUUGGAUCUCAAGCCUUCAAGGAUUCCGGGUAUGCAAGCCAUACCUACCAGUUUUAUGCAGCAUUUACAUCAAGUAUCAAUGCAAAUUCAACCAACGUUGCUGUCCGCCUCCCUCACUGGGUGGCAAAAGGAAGCACCAUUAAUUGCUUCACCUUACACGGGAGAACAAAAUUUGGCUGCACCAAUUACGAGACUGCCAUCCCCAUCUUUGCCUUCCGCUGGACAACUGGCUACAAGUCAGCUAGCCCUGUCAAGGCCUUCUGUAGUUGGUGAAUCCGCAAGAAGGCCACCACCAACAUCAGUUUCUUUGACUCCAGCUAUCCAGCAAAGUCCAUCCAUGGCUCGGUCAAGAUCACCUUCGAUUCCUUCUUCUCCUGGAGAGCAAACUUCAGCCCCAGCAAUUUCGGAAUUGCCGUCCCUUUCUCUGUCUUCGAGAAGACAAGAUUUGGCUACUGCCCAGGAGACUUCUGGCUCUCCAAUGCCUUCUGCAGUUGGUGGAUCUCCAAGAAGACCACCAUCACAACCACCAUCAUAUAUUUCUUUUCUUCCAGCUAGUCAGCAAAACCAGUCAACGGUACAAAUAAGGUCACCAUCAGUCGCUUCUUCUGCUGCUGGAGAGCAAACUUCUUCCCCAGCACUUAUGAAUCUGCAAUCUCUUCCUUUAUCUUCCGGUAGACACUACUUAGCUACUGCCCCGUCAAAGUCCUCUGCAGUUGGCGAAUUUCCUAGAAAACCAUCACCAUCAAUUGCUUCAUCAAUGCCUUUUCCCGUGGUUGGUGAAUCACCAAGAAAAGCACCACCACCACCGUUUUCUUUGUCUCAAUCUAGCAGCCAGCAAUUGCCAUCAACAAUUUGGUCAAGAUCACCACCAUCAACUUCUCUGGCUUCCCAGCAGACGAUUCCUGUUUCAUUGAGAUCUUCUUUGGUUAGUAAAUCCCCAUGGAUUUCCCACAGGGCACCAGUCAUCGGUUCCAUUACCCCUUCGUCAGGUAAUCUACGAACAGGAGGAGAUAUUCGUGCCCCGGCACCCCACCUUCAAUCCUUCAGGCCUUCAUUAAGACCCUCAGUGGCUGCUGCCAACUUUCCUCCUUCAAACCCUUCCUCACUCGAUCAUUCUCCACUUCAACCUUCAGCAAAGCCUUCUCUAAAAUCACAACCCAAUAACAGAACAUCAUCACUACCCUGUGCUAAUAAUGUUCCUGCAAUGGAGUUGCUUAGGAAUCUUGAUGAUUUUCUUGGAAAGCUUUCUGUAACACAGAAAAAUCAGAUUGGUAAACAAGUUUCUUCGAGUGCUUCUAACUUGUCUUCAUCUUCAUUCUCACUCAAACAUGGUCCAAGCCGGCCAUCAGUCUUUGAGUUUUCUAAUAUGUCACGAGACAAGGAGGAAGAUCAGCCACAGCCGUCGGCUGCAACAAAUAACUUCAAGUGUGUUUCGAACCAGAUUGCUCCUAAUGAUUUUCCCUUUUCUGCCCUUGAGUUGCUCAGGAAUGUUGACAGCCAAGCUUGUCCAUCAAACCAGACAACAAAAAGUGGUUUGCCUUCCUUAUCAGAAACUAACCUUAUUGGAACAGUAGGUAGUAGUAGUGCACAAGGAAGUUCUACCUCUGCUGCACCUCUAUCAACUGAUGUUGGCUGUCUGUCUAAUAAUAAUGAAGAUUGAGAACUGGGUAUUCUUUUUCCUGAAGUUGUUUUACCUAUUAGUCCCCAGGCUUAUUUUUGUCCUACUUGUAUGUUGUAACCACUACCAAUUAUAAGCUCAUAUCUGUAUUUCUUCUCAACUGUUUUGUAUCUAUAACUUCAUAGUAUAAUAGCAAUAACCUUGUAAUAGUUAUAUGUUGAGAAGAAGCCCUUGGGAUGAAUGAAAUGGAAGAUCGUAACUGUGUUUUUUUUGCUCGAU